AUGAGUGACACAACAACAACAGCAAAUUCAAAGAAAAACACCAAAAUAAAUGGUAAAUAACAAGGUAGUAAAGAUAAGGCUGAGAAGAAAGAGAAGGCUAUUAACAAAAAGAAAUAUGAAAGCGAAGAUGAAGAAGAAGAGGAAGAGGAGGAAUUCUACAUUGUAGAAAAAAUAUUAGAUUAUAAAAAGAUAAAGAAUAGAGAUCUAUUUUUAGUAAAAUGGGAAGGGUACGAAGAGCUAACUUGGGAACCCAAAUCUAAUUUGUCAAAUGUAAAGCAACUUGUUGAGAAUUUUUUGAAAACCUUAAAAGAUAAAGGAAAAAAAGAAAAUUCUGAAAAUCUUGAAAGCUCGAGUGCUUUGCAAGAAGGGAGUGAAUCUAAAAAGCAAUAAUUAAGCGGUGGAAAGAUAUAAAAAAAAGAAGUAAAAAGCCCUAUAUCUAUUAGCAAAGAGAAAUAGGCAGAGAAAGUAAAGUAAGAUGAAGGAUCUCAUUUAAAAAGAGAUGUAGAAGAUCACCAUAAUAUUUCUAUUUCUUCAAUGAAGGGUAAAAAAGAUGAUGAUGGAGAGUAGAAUGAAGAACAAGAAAACAAAGUUGUUGUUAAAUAAGAAGACGUAGAUGAGGAAAAGCAAAGCACCAAGAAAAGAGGAGAAGAAGAAGAGGAAUAGUAAUAAUAAUAAAAUAGUAAACAAAUAGAGGAGGAAGAAGAAGGUAAAGAUGUAUAGAAAGAAAAGAAAUAAUAGAAUGAAGAAAAAUAAGAUAUCAAGCACUUAGAAUAAAAAGAAAGUAAAGAAGACCACGAUGCUAUAUAAUAAUAAUAAAAGAACACUAGUCUCAAUAAAAAAAGAAAGAAAGAAGAAUAAAGUUAGGAUGAUAUUGAUGAAUAAAAUGAAUAAGAUAAACCACAAGAUAAGGUAAAACACUUACCUGAAAUUUUAGGAAAUCUUGAAGAACACAUUCCUUUAGAAAUAUCUAAAGCUGUCUAUAAAACAUCUAAGUUUUAGUAUCUAGUUUAGUGGAAGUAGCAAUAAGGCAUUAAAAUUAUACCCAGUUUUAUUUUCUCUGACGAUUUAUUAAAAAGAUAUAGUGAUCUCAUAGUACAUUUUUAUGAAGACAAAGCCUUAAAAAGAAAGUGA